GUCUAGUACAUCAGACCACUUUAUUUAUACUGUGACUAUCUGUGAGACCGGUUGCCGGCUAUUUGUUUUGUUGUGAAUUAAAUCUAUCAUAAUGUCUUGUUGUAAGGGGCCGGGGUAUUCGUCGCCAUUGGAAGCUUUUAGAAAGGGUCCCAUAGAGGAGCUUUUGUACGUGGUUUGCGUGCAACCAGAUCAAACCAAAGAGGAUUACCUCGCUACUGUCGAUGUGGACCCCAAAUCACCAUCUUAUUCACAGGUUAUCCAUCGCACCUAUACAGGCAAUGUUGGAGAUGAGCUCCAUCAUAGCGGUUGGAAUGUUUGUUCCAGCUGCUAUGAUAAUCCUGAUUUGAAGAGAAAUCUGCUUAUUUUACCUGCACUUGGAUCUGCCAACGUGUAUGCUGUAGAUGUUGGCACAGAUCCCAGGAAACCUAGAUUACACACGGUAAUCGACGGCACCGAGAUGAGGUCAUUCAACUGCAGUUUCCCGCACACGACACACUGCCUCGCAAGCGGGGAAAUCAUGAUUUCCACGAUGGGUGAUAAGGAAGAAAACGGAAAGGGGGAUUUCGUGCUCAUCGAUUCCAAGACUUUGAAAGUGACAGGGACUUGGACGAAUGGGAAUAAGGCAAAGUUCGGAUACGACUUCUGGUACCAACCGUACCAUGAUGUAAUGUUUGCCUCGGAAUGGGGGACGCCGAAAUAUUUCAAGACUGGGUUCCAUGAAAAUGACGCAUAUAAUGUUGAACGGUACGGAAGAUCAAUUAAUAUUUAUAAAUGGUCAUCACGUGAACUGCAACAAGUCAUAGAUCUGGGCAAAGAGGGUGUCGCACCCCUAGAGAUCAGAUUUCUCCACGAUCCUAAAGCCUCAGAAGGAUUUGUUGGGUGCGCCUUGGAGGCUAACGUUUACAGAUUCUACAAAACAACAAACGGGACUUGGAAAGCAGAUAAAGUAAUCGAUAUACCAGCGAAGACAGUUUCCAAAGAUGGUGUUGAAUCUCAGCUCAAUGGUUUAAUAAGCGACAUUCUAAUAUCGCUGGACGAUAAAUAUCUCUAUUUGUCAACUUGGUUCCACGGUAAUGUCAGGCAGUACGACAUCACUGAUACGACCAAUCCGAAGUUAACGGGAAUAAUAAAUUUUGGCGGGAUUAUUUUACACAAUAACCUAAAAGUGAUAGAAGAUAAGGAGUUCCAGGACUCAAUUACACCCGUGAAAUUAAAGGGCAAAUAUUUAGAGGGGUCUCCGCAAAUGCUGCAGCUCUCUCUUGAUGGAAAACGGCUUUAUGUGUCAUCGUCACUCUUUUCGCCGUGGGAUAAGCAGUUCUAUCCAGAAAUGAUUAAAAAGGGUGGAUGGAUAGUGAAAAUAGACGUAGAUACAGAAAAUGGAGGACUGAAAUUGGACCCUAAUUUCCUUGUUGACUUUGGGAAAGAACCAAAUGGACCCGCAUUGCCACAUGAAAUGAGGUACCCUGGCGGGGACUGCACAUCUGAUAUCUGGCUGGCUCAAGACACGUAAACGAAGUACAGUGUGCCAAUAUUUUUAUAUUAAUAUUCAUAAUCACAACCAUUAUAUAUUCACAUUCAAUGUAUGGUAGUUUUACUUUGAAUUUCUACUGUAAUGACUUUAUAAUUUAUUAGAUAUACAUAUAUAUAAUUACUUUAAAAAUUGUAAAAAA